CUUGCACUCCCUGGGUGGGCAGCCGAGGAGCUGUGUGGUCACAACAUCUACAUCCAUCUACUUCUGGAAUCAAGCAUUGCCUGUCAGGAGUGUUUGGACUCCAUCUCUAUAGGAACGGCGGCGGGAGGCUGCUGUUCCACCGAGAGAGAGAGAGAGAGAGAGAGAGAGAGAGAGAGAGCAGCUCUAAUUACCGGACACGGUGCUGGUGCAGGCUGCACGUGAGGCUCGGAAGCUGUUCCCUCUCACCACCGGAGGCGCGCGUGCGCUCUAACCACAGCACAGCUUUGCAAAGUGUCAGCUCAGAGCAACUCUAGACAUCAGUCUGAAGCGCAGCUCCACUGGACGACACGCACACUCUGCACACCGUGCAUUAGCUCACUACAGAUACAGACAACCGUGUGUGUGUGUGUGGGACGCGGAAUAACAAACCGUUCCAACCAAAACAAGCGACAACACCGACCACCGACCAGCAGCACCGACCACCGACCAGCAGCACCGACCACCGAGCACCAGCAGCAGCAGCAUCGGAGGAGUUCGUGAUGGAUGAAAGAAUCCCUCAUCUACAGGACAGACAGUUGAUGGAGCACGCAGAUUUCUUGGGGGUGGACUACUCCUCUCUCUACAUGUGCAAAUCCAAGAGAGGCAUCAAGCGAGAGGACGGCGGGAAGGACGCAUACAAGUUACCUCACCGGUUGAUAGAGAAGAAGAGGAGAGACCGGAUCAACGAGUGUAUCGGCCAGCUGAAGGAUCUGUUACCGGAACAUCUCAAGCUGUCGACUCUCGGGCAUCUGGAGAAAGCGGUGGUUCUGGAGUUAACACUGAAACAUUUGAACGCUCUGACUGCUGUCACCGAGCAGCAGCACCACAAGAUCAUCGCUCUGCAGAAUGGUGACCGGUCGAUGAAACCCUCCAUGCACGCGGACCUGGACGCGUUCCAGUCCGGGUUCCAGGCCUGUGCCAAAGAGGUCCUGCAGUACCUGAGUCAGUUUGAGAACUGGACGACGCGCGAGCAGAGGUGCGCGCAACUCAUCAGCCACCUUAACAAGGUGCUGGCGCAGGUCCAGUUCCAGCCAGGAACCAGAACCAGCCUCCUCCAGAACCAGAACCAGAACCAGAACCAGCACCAGAACCAGGACGCACAGCAGCAGCAGGACUCGCUGAAAGCAGCAGACAGCCAGGCCAACUGCGUCCCGGUCAUCCAGAGGACGCUGCAGGGCGGCGGGGAGCUGAACGAGACCGACACGGACACGGACAGCGGGUACGGAGGAGAGGCGGAGAAGAGCGACGGGAAGGAGACGGAAUGUGCGCGCAACAGCAGCAGCAAGACGCACGGAGCCAAGGCUGUGAAGAUCAAGCAAGAGUUUGGAGAUGAUCGACCUGCAAAGAAACCAAAGAUGAGCUGGCCUGGUACCGGGUCAGGUACCGGGUCAGGUACCGGGUCUGGUACCGGGUUGGUGGGUUCGGACUCCUCCAGACCAGACCUGGCCUUCAUGAACUCUCUGAUGGGAAUAAGCAGCGUUGGUGUUGGCCAGCAGACUCCUAUCUGCAUGCCUUUCUACUUCAUCAACCCUUCAUCUUACAUGCCUUUAUUCGACAAGAGCAACCUGGAGAAGUGCAUGUACCCGGCCGCGGCCCUCACGCACCCGUUCCCAUGGUUAUACCCCGCCGCGCACGCGUCUGCUGCUGCCGCUGCUGCUGCAGGUUUCCCGGGACUGUCUGUGCACUUUGCAUCCUCUCCUCCUCCUCAGCAGCAGAAAGACGACUGCCUCAGUCCAGACAGCGACGAGUCUCACGAGGCUGAGCUGAGUUCACCUGAGGAGCGCGAGGAAAGUCCCGCGAGUGACGACGGAGAGGAGGACGAUGACGUAUCCGACGACAGACAGAACAGCCCGCGCGCUCAAGUGUCUGCGUGUCAAACGUGCUAAUCUGUCUGUGUGUGUGUGUGUCACCUGUCCGCGUGCGUUCUGCUGAGGAGUUUCUGUUAAAAACGAGGUUUCACAGAAGAGUUCAUAUUCUAAUAUCUGUCAUUGAAACAUGAGGACAGGUGUGUGACUGCGCGUGCCUUUUGCACUUCUCAAUCUAAAUGAUGAAUCGACAAUGAUUGACGUUAAUAAACUGGCUGUGUUGUGCUGGAAGUAGUUUUUUAUCCUCUUUGAUAAAAGUAUUUUGAAGUGGCAGCAUUGGUGCCAAAACUUUGAGUACUUCACAACAAACAGAGAGUCUCUGUGGAUGUAUGAAGAUGACCUCUGUCAAGGUGGUUCAGAGCUUUGGCUUCACUCUGACUGUAAAUAUUAAUACCUGGAAGACAGUCUGAUUCAUUAAGAUGCUAAAUGGGCCUAAAAAAAAGAAGUGGAAACACCCACAGUACCUCAUCCCCAGCUCUUCAUGGGGGUGGGCUGAUUGACACCAUCUCCAUUAUUAACAAUACAAACAACAGCUAUAAUAAUAAUAAUAAUCCAUUAUAGGAAAGGUUUGAUGCCUGAUUGCCCUCAACUCAUCUGACAGAUCUGAGUUUCCUUCACUUGUUUGUUCUUGUGAGGAAAGAAGAGAAGGAACCCUUCAUUCCCACCCGAGGCUGCUCGACCAGCAUAUUGUAGAAUGAAGCAUCUCAGCAGCGAGAUGCAGUGACCUCCUGAACCUCCAGGAAACAUUGUAGGAUAGCACCUUAAUAUAGAUCUUUGAUAUUGAAUGUACCUGUAUUUUCCCAGCUGUUUAAAAAAGUUUCUAUGUAGGAUGAUCUUUACUCUUUGAGACGUAAAGUGCACUUUUUUUCUCUGCUUUUACCCCCCCCCCCCAAAAACAAAACAGUCACCUCAUCAUUUUUGAAAGUCAAUCACUGUAGUUCUCUGAGAACCUUUUUAUUCUUGUGUGAGUUGGCUUGAAAUAACAAAAAAAAAGUCAUUUAAAACCCGAGAGCAGAGAUCCCAAACCGGCAGUAAAGUGGUGCCAGAUUUGACAAACGCUAUUUAUUUCUGGCAAAAAUGAUUCAAAUCAUAAUCAGAUUUGAAAACCCUGCACCCCCCCCUGACACACUGGCCUAUCCCAGAUUACUCUGUGUUAUAUGCUAUCAUUAUGUAAAACCUCGCUUUUCAAAUAUUGGGGAAAGAAGCCGUGGUCAUGUGACCAUCGCUUCUGAUCAUUUAGGAACUUUAACUUUAUCUCGGCCUGUUUUCUAAGAGAUUAAUUCCUGCAGAGUGUAAAGUGUUGUUGAGCUUUUUUUAAGUUUCACACGUGACUGAAUAAACAGAUCAUUGUAUUUUGCAUACAUGACAUCGCUUUUGUAGUUUAUAUCAGCUGGUUUUUGCCUCAAAUCUGUUCUCAACUGUUAUAUAAAAGUGGCAUGUGUGUCUGUAAAUAUCUUCUUUUUUUCUCUUGUGUAUAUACCAUAAAGUGUACAUGUCUAUGUCAAUGUUGUAGAAGUCUAUGGAUUUUUUAAAAAAGAUUUAACUGAGCAACUGUUGCACAUUUCGUUAAUGCUUUACACAUAUGCUGUUCUAAAUUAUUGAUUGAUGAGUUGUAAAAUAAAUAUCAAAACUAAA